CUACAACUCCCAGAGUUUCACGGGUUAGGGUCGCGAACGGCAAGUUCUAGCCUGGGCCAGAAGGCCCUGGGGUCUGAAACUGGAAGUUUACACGGCGAUGUUGCGGUCCGGCUUCAGGCGCUUUGGCUGUCUGCGCGCCGCACUCAAGUCCCUGGCUCAGACCGACCACCGGAGCAUCACCUUCUGCAUCGAUCCUUCCUUGGGGCUAAAUGAAGAACAGAAAGGAUUUCAGAAAGUGGCCUUUGACUUUGCUGCUCGGGAAAUGGCUCCCAAUAUGGCGGAGUGGGAUCAGAAGGAGCUGUUCCCUGUGGAUGUGAUGCGGAAGGCUGCACAGUUGGGAUUUGGGGGAAUCUAUGUUCAAACAGAUGUGGGUGGAUCUGGACUGUCUCGCCUUGAUACUUCUGUCAUCUUUGAAGCCUUGGCCACAGGUUGCACCAGUACCACUGCCUAUAUAAGCAUCCACAACAUGUGUGCCUGGAUGAUUGAUAGCUUUGGAAAUGAGGAACAGAGGCACAAAUUUUGCCCACCGCUUUGUACCAUGGAGAAGUUUGCCUCCUACUGCCUCACUGAACCAGGCAGUGGGAGUGAUGCUGCAUCUCUUCUGACCUCAGCUAAACAACAAGGAGAUCAUUACAUCCUCAAUGGUUCCAAGGCCUUCAUCAGUGGGGGAGGUGAGUCAGACAUUUAUGUGGUCAUGUGCCGAACUGGUGGAUCAGGCCCCAGAGGCAUCUCUUGCAUAAUUGUUGAGAAAGGAACCCCUGGCCUCAGCUUUGGCAAGAAGGAGAAGAAGGUGGGGUGGAACUCGCAGCCAACCCGAGCAGUGAUCUUUGAAGACUGUGCUGUCCCUGUGGCCAACAGGAUCGGGACUGAGGGGCAGGGCUUUCUCAUCGCCAUGAAAGGACUGAAUGGAGGAAGGAUCAAUGUUGCAUCCUGCUCUCUAGGAGCUGCUCAUGCUUCAGUUAUCCUUACCCAAGAGCACCUCAAGGUCCGGAAGCAGUUUGGAGUACCUCUGGCCAGAAACCAGUACCUGCAAUUCCAGUUGGCAGACAUGGCCACCAAGCUAGUUGCCUCCCGGCUGAUGAUCCGUACUGCAGCAGUGGCUUUGCAGGAAGAGCGAGAAGAUGCAGUGGCCCUGUGUUCCAUGGCCAAGCUCUUUGCUACAGAGGAGUGCUUUGCUAUCUGCAACCAGGCUUUGCAGAUGCAUGGGGGCUAUGGCUACCUGAAGGACUAUGCUGUUCAACAGUAUAUGCGGGACUCCAGGGUCCACCAAAUCCUAGAAGGUAGCAAUGAAGUGAUGAGGAUGCUGAUCUCUCGAAACCUGCUUCAGGACUAGCUCCCAAACUGGAGAGCCUAGCCUACAGCCCUGUGUGUAGCUGUAAUCAAUGUUGAAUGCUCAUCUGGGCUGUUCAGUCGCAAAUGAAUCAUGAAGUAGACUAAAGGGCUGAGCUCUUGUAAACAGACCCUGAGCUGUCAGGCACGAUGCUGGCUCUGAGACAAGAACCGAGUUCUUAGCAGAGCUAGAAGAGCUGCUCCAAGGAGCCAUGCCAAAAGACCUGCACACUGCUCUCCUCAUUCUGGAAAGACAAACAGGCUUGGAUCCACACUAUGUGCAUUUUGUUGAUUCUCAUCCUUGGGGUCUGGGUACUUCAAUGAAGCUUUUCCUGAUUAAGCAGGUAAAGUCUGGGGAGGCAAGGGCAGUGGGCAGACCUGCCCCCUUUCUGGUUUCUGUUCUGUACUAAGACUAUCUCAGGACAGUACUCCUGAACUCAGAUCAUGAUGAAAUAAAUAUUGGGGAACCUACUGCUAAACGAUGAAUUAGGGUGCAACUUUAACUCCUGUAACCAUGAAAUAAAGGUCAAGGGCUAAGACUGUUUU